AUGCGCAAUGAUUGUUUUGCGAAUGCCUCGGUUCAAGCUUAUUCAUCUUUGCCAGGAUUCACAGAGUAUCUUAACACCUUCAUAACAGUCUAUGGAAAAAUCUUCGAAAUGACUGAAAAAUACAAGAUCGCCCUCGAGACCGUGAUUUCUCCCGAUGAUAUUCUUUCGGCAUUGCAAUCAAAAGCAAGCAGGCAAAGAUAUGAUGUGGAUACAGCGGCUGGGCCAAUCCAGAGACAAUUUCAGAUAACUUUGCACGUCGCUUUGGCUAAGAUGAUCAAAAAACUUCAAGAUACCCAGAUGAGCACAAGGACUCUAUCCGUGUGGACUUUCUUGCACGAGCUUGAGAGAAUCUAUAACGCAAAGAUAUCGCGGUCACAACAUGACGCUCACGAGUUAACCCAGCUCAUCAAUGAAACCUUGGAAGCUGAAAACAUUGUGUGCAUGAGAAUACUGAAGAAGCUAAGAGAGCUAUUGGCCUUGCAAGGUGUUCCUCAGAGGGACAUAAAUGCGGUUGACAUACCCGAAUUUCCUUUUAGUGGACUCUUGAUGUCUCAAAUGAACUGCCUAACAUGUGCGCAUGUUUCGAAGCCAAGUUUUAGUCCUUUUCUAAUGCUCACUUUACAUCUUCCUCAGUCGCCUUCCAGUGACUUGAUUUCGCUUCUUGACGAUAAUGAGUCCGAAACCAUCAGCGAGUACCAGUGCUUGAAGUGCCGAAUCCUGGCUAUCAUUAACUGUGAGAAGAUGGAUAAUAGUUUUGAUGACAACAAACAAAUGCUGCAAUUAGCUCAGCUAGAUAAUGAUCCCAAUUUAUUUAUUAACGAAGACAUUCCGCCAUCACUUGAGGCUUAUAUCAAAGGUUACUCCAAGAAAGAUUUUAAAGCUGACGCGGUCUCUUCUACUGUUCACCGCAAGACCCUGAUUCUCAAGCCCCCUGAGGUUUUUGGUAUACAUUUGUCUCGCUCUACUUUUAAUGGUGUGAGCGUUACCAGGAACCCAUGCCGCGUCACAUUUAACGAUAAAUUGAGUCUAUCAAUUGGCCACGAGUAUGUGGAUGAGUUGCAAAAGUUUCAAAACUCAGACCCAGAAGGUGGGCAUACAGUACGGGGGUCCAAUGUACUUACAACUGACGUCGAUGAUAUGGAGGAUGAAAGCGUCCAACAAGAAGAUGUUGAUGAACAGGAUUAUGAGUCAACCUCAAUAGAAAACAGUGAUACUGAUGAGGCUUCAUAUUCGAUGGACGAUUCUGAUUCAUCAUCAGUUUUGACUGAUCGAACACGUCCACCGUCUUUGGAGACCGAAAAUACUUCAAGAGGCUUAGUUGACGGAAGAGGAGAAACUCUCAAUAACACCCCUAUGUCUGAAGGGCAAACUGUCAGCCUAAAGCGCCACUUCCGAAAGUUCAACUUUGAUGAGAACAACACAUAUAAGUAUCGCUUACGCGCCAUGAUCAAGCACCAGGGCUCGCAUACGCAAGGUCACUAUGAAUGCUUUAAGCGAAAGCCCUUAUUUGUCAAAGAUACAUCUGGAAACAUACUUAAGAUUGCACAAGAAAUCGACGAGGAAGCUUUGGCCAAUGCCCAAAGACAUACAAACAUCAACGAAGGAACCAAAGGAACGCAUCAAUCUAUUGAUCUGGGUCAAUUUGAGGAUGGACCCGGUGCUUUGAGAAAUAAGCUAUCUAGUCUUAUGGGUCGCAGACAUUCUAUUACACAAACAGACCCUACUUGCGUUAACUUACAAGAGAUCCCUAACUCCGGUACGGCUACACCCGCUGAAGUGUUGGUUGAUCAUGGAGACUAUUUUCUGGGCCCUUCAACAAGCGACUUGGACCAACAACUCCAUAGAAUGAAGCUCUCUGAGGGACCAGGUAAGGACAAAGUCAAAAUGAAGAAGAUUCCGUCUUCCAUGAAACAUCCAUAUUGGAAGGUCGGGGAUUCUCAAGUUGCCGAAGUAUCCAAAUCUUCGGUGUUGCUCGAAACGGCAAGCGUUUACAUGCUUUACUAUGAGCGCAUAGAUAGAAAUCUGACGGAGGUCAGAUAG